AUGCGGAAACAUCACUGCAAACUGCCCGGAGCCAUGCGUGCGGACGAGUCCGAAACCCAUCUGCCACCGAUCUUACCCGGAACGACACUCUGCAGCCGGUUGCUGAGGUAUCUGCGCUCCUCGUUGCUAGUUUCACCGAACCAUCCCGAAACGCGAAUCUACUACCAGAGCCGGACCAAGAUUUCGGCCGAGAAUGAGCGAUUGGUGCAUCAGCUGUCCCCAUUCGUGAUUCAUCCGUUCAGCCAGUUCCGCAUGUGUUGGGGGAUGCUCAUCUUCUUCGUCCUCAUAUUGCACCUCGUGACGCUCGGGUUCGCGUUUUGCUUUGCUCCGCAUUUGCCUCAUAGAUAUCUUUGGCUGCUGCAGAUAUUCGACACGUUGCUCUGUUUGAUGCUGGCGGUAGAGUUUCUGCUGCAACUGUUCACGGGCUACGAAAGCGAAGGAGUGAUAGUUCUGGACCCGACGCGAAUUGUGCGCUAUCGGCUACGCUGGUGGAACCUCACUAACAGCACGCUUCUUUUGGUGCCCUACGUCCUGCUGCUAGAUAAACUGGUGGUGGCCUUCUAUCAGGACGCCGUCCUGAUGUACCUCGGCACCGUGGUCUAUCUCUAUCUGCUGUGUGUGUGGCGGUUCACUACCAUCAACCGGUAUUUCGAAACCAUCGCCAAAGGUCUGUUGCGCCUAUCGCUGAGACAAAUUCACUUCGUCAAAGCCAUCCUUAACACUCUCUACGUUCUGCACUGGACGGCCUGCCUACUGUAUAUCGUGCCGAUGCUUUCCUUGUCUCUCCUGAACGAGGAUCGUCCGGAAGCAAACUUCCUAGUGGACGUCCUGUGGACUCAAGAUCAGCAGCGCGAUGCGGAACACUAUCCGAUACGUCAUAGAGCGCGAUUGGUAGUAGUGGACUUCCAUGCGCAUUUCCGGAAGAACUUGGCCGAGCAGCCUCCGGAUGACGUCACGAAUAGUGUCGCCUUUCUUGGUGGAAAGCUCGACGAUGUGCACUAUAACGUGACCGUACCGUAUCGCUACCUUCGGGCCCUGAUGAUCACGCUCAAGAUAAGUCUGCAGGGUGGUCACUCGCUCUCGGUAGGGGCUCACUUCCUGCACGAUUGGCUGCAAUCGCUUCUCCUGCUGUGUGGUUGGCUCUGGUCUACCUACAUCCUGCUGCUGCUGGUUCGCUCGAUCAUGGUGGCGGAUGCGAGCACCACCCGGUACGACGAGAUACUGAACGAGAUCGAUGCGUUCUGCACCAAGAAGCUCCUUAGUCGGACCCUGCGCCAAAAGUUGAGGCACCAUUUUGAAUGCCACUACCGGAUGCACUACUUCGACGAGCGUCCAAUUCUGGCGCACACCUCUGACUACUUGCGUCGCGAGAUGCUGUUGGAUGUGGCGCACUCGGCAUUUUUGAGGCGGGUGGACUUAUUCCGGGACCUGCCACAAUAUCUUCUCGAGGACAUUGCUGAUGGGUUGCGGUUCGAAUUGUUCCUGGCGCAAGACCCGAUCACGACCGCUGAUAGCAAGGCCAGUGCCAUGUACUUUCUGGCGAGUGGAACUGCCGCCGUCUACACACCCGAUGGGGAGGAGUUGGGCCAUCUGGUCGAUGGUGCCAACUUCGGAGCAGUGACGCUGUUCCGGAAGGACGCGAAGCGUACGGUGUCCGUGGUGGCACUGGAGGUUUGCGAAGUGUACUGGCUGGAAGGAAACGACUUCCGACGAUUGAUGAAACCUCAUCCGUCCCUUUGGGCGUACAUAACCAAGCUGGCGGAAAAACACAUGGUCGGUGACCAACCGGAAAACGGCGAAGAUCGGUUUUUCAACACGUUUCUCUACUAA